GGACCGGCUGAGGCGAGGGCAGUCCCGCGGCAUCUCGCCUUCCCGCGGGUUUCUCUUCAGAGAGCGGCUUUCCUUUCGCCGGAGCCCCCGUCCUCCUCUCCGCCCCUCAGACGAAGUCCCCCGGUCCCGCCGCUAUGUCUCUCGGCCAGCGCCUGGCCCGGCUGGCCGCCCACCUGCAGGACCCGCGGAAAGUGGCCGCGUUCCAGCGGCUCUGCGGGGUGGAGGGACCCUCGGGCUGGGCCGGUGCGGAGCAGCGGGGGCCGGUGGCGAACGGUGGCCCCGCGGGCGGGCAGGCGCAUCCCGCUGGGAACGGGGCCGUGCCCGGCGCGGCGGGAACCCCGCGGCGCUGGAGAAGGAGGCCGCGCCGAAACUCGCUGACGGAGGAGGAGGACGGCAGCCAGGAGUUCGCCACUCGCAGCCGCUUCCUCUACUAUCUGUUCAGCCUGGGCACGGAGCUGGGCAACGAGCUCUUCUACAUCCUCUUUUUCCCUUUCUGCAUCUGGAAUGUGGACGCCUGGCUGGGCCGGAGGCUCAUCAUCAUCUGGGUGUGGGUGAUGUACCUGGGGCAGUGCACCAAGGAUGUGAUCCGCUGGCCGCGUCCUGCCUCGCCGCCCGUGGUGAAGCUGGAGGUCUUCUACAACUCCGAGUACAGCAUGCCCUCCACCCACGCCAUGUCGGGCACCGCCAUCCCCCUGGCGCUGCUGCUGCUCAGCUACGGCCGCUGGCAGUAUCCCCUUAUGUUUGGACUGAUCCUGGCAUUCUGCUGGUGUUCUUUGGUUUGCUGUAGUCGAAUUUAUAUGGGAAUGCAUUCAAUUUUGGAUGUUAUUGCUGGAUUUCUAUAUGCUAUUCUUAUCCUGGUUGUCUUCCAUCCAGUUGUAGACCUGAUUGAUAACUUCAAUUUAACUUACAAAUAUGCACCCUUAAUUAUCAUCAGUCUCCAUUUGGCCCUGGGCAUCUUCUCUUUCACCCUGGACACGUGGAGCACAUCGCGAGGAGACACGGCUCAGAUCCUGGGCUGCGGUGCUGGCGUGGCCUGCGGCUCUCACGUCAACUACAUCCUGGGUCUGCAGCUGGAUCCUCCUCCCCACGCCUUGCCCUUGUCCCUGUCCUCCCUCACUGUGACUGUGUUUGGAAAAGCCAUCCUGCGCUUGUUGAUCGGAGUCAUCGUUCUGUUGUUAACGAAAGUGGCCAUGAAGAAAGCCACGAUUCCUCUGGCUUGUAAAAUAUUCCGCAUCCCGCACGGCGACGUGCGGAGAGCCCGGCAGCGCAUGGAGGUGGAGCUGCCCUAUCGCUACAUCACCUACGGCAUGGUUGGCUUCUCCCUCAUGUUCAUUGUUCCUUGCCUCUUCCACUUCAUUGGUCUUUCCUGAUGCACUUGGAUCGCCCUGAGUAGGGAGAACUGAGCUAGUUGCUUUUUGAAGAGGUGCACUAGUUUGCUAAGGGAAGGCUGGCCAGCUUGGGUCUUCCUGUUAACAGCAAUACAAAGCAGGCAAAGCAUUUAAAGGGCUUUGCACAUCUCUGGGGAUGGUUUAGGGCCAGCAGUCAAGCAUCAGUCCAGGAGAAGUGCUGACCUCUGUAAAUGCUGUUUUUGGACUUAUUGCUGUAACCAAGUCUGUGUGUGUGAUGCAGUGACUGUGUCUGGGAUGGCUGCCAGUCUGUACCUGCCUACACUGACCCUUCAGCAGGUAUGUCUGACAGCUAAUCAGAAGGCUCCAUGCAUGAUCUGUUUGCCAUUUCACAGUAAUAAUUCAAGUUGUUGGACCAUAGACUGUUAAAUUUGCUUUCUUCUAUUCUUUCCUGAAGUUUUGCUUCAAGGUAUUUCAGCUAAUAGGUAUUUCUAACGGACCAAACUUGUAAUGAGGUUGAAUUUUUUUAAAUAAACAAGCAGAAACCUUUUUCUUUAGCCCCCUUUGCAAAGGAAAAUGUCCAGAUCAUCAUUGGUAGAUAUCACUAGAUUAUAUAUAAUUCAGGUACUGUAUUUUAUGGUUUAAUAACUGUGCCUUUCUGUUGCUAAAUUAAGAAAUGCCAUAUAUACUGUGAUGCAAAAAUGCCUAAUUUUAUUGAAAAUCCUAUGUAAUUAGGCAGAUAUUAAAAAAUGUUAAGAUUGUCCAUGUUGCUGACAUGGUCAAGUUAACCAGAAUGUUCAGUUUUUUCCUGAUCAAAAUUGCAUAAAUGAAAUGACCCAGGAAUUGUGUCCUUGAGCUCAAGGUAUUGUAAAUGAACAGUAGUCCCUUUUUGUAAGUAUUUUUAAUGUGUAUUGUAAGUUACUGCAAGAGGAUAUAUUUUUCUGGAGAUUGUUUAUACAGUGGAUGGAUAUUCAAAAUUAACUAUUUAAACAUAUAAACAAUAAAACCACCCCAUUCUGCAAAGAAAUGGGCUUCACUUAUUCCAAAUUAAUCUAGGAGGACCACUGCUUUUAGGUAUUUGGUUAGAAAAUAUAAUACUUAUUCUAGAAAAAUCUGUAUUUUUAUGCAUUAACAUAAUAUAUUUGAAGGUGUUAUAACUUUUACCGGAUUUAUAUAGUUAUAAUACAAUGUAACAAUUAAAGUAACCUUGUAAUCAUUCUGAUUGACAGAUUGUCAUCAGUCAGGACAGAGAGGUCAAUACAUGAACAGUUUGUGAUGUCUAAAUUUGGCAGGAUUUUAUUAUGUGCUUUUGGGCUUUUCAUGUUCCUUUUCCCUUUAAGUGUAAUUUCAUGUGCCUUUUUUUCUGUUUCAUUUUGUCUUGUUCAUGUGUUGCCUGAUCUGUUCUUUCCAUGUCAGGAAUGGUUUCCGCAGGAAGCACUGUCUUAGUGUUUGACCAGACACCAAUUACUUAAUUACUUCAUUUUGUAUUGUAUAUGUUUUUCAGGAAAAGCAUCAUUUGGUUGGGAAAUAUGGUGAUUAGAUAGAAUACAAAGCCUAUUUUUUUUUUUUUUUUUUUUUUUUUGUAAACAAUAUUUAGGUUUAGAAGAAUUUUAGUUUUUUUUUUAGUGUUGGAGAUGAUAUCUCCAACCUGUUAAUAUGUAGAUUGACAAAAUUAACUUCACUUUCUUUGAAGCAGAUUAAGGUUUAUGGUACGCUGGCACUGGAUGGUGUGAAAAACUUAACUUUUCUGGUUCAUUUCUCCAGUGCAUCCUGAAUGCACUGCUAUGAAUGUAUUCAAACUGAGGUAUUCAGAACUGUGUUAAACAACUUCCAGAGCUGAAAAGACCUUACCAAGUAGCAAAUGGUAAGCUUGUUUCAGUGUGUAUUUCUGGAUUUGAUUUUUUGUGUCUGUUCCUCUUUUGCAGUUCAAUGCUGAAUGUGCAGUAAAAGGUUUGAAUUUUUCAAAUUAAUUUCUGGGCUUUUGAGAGUGAGAUUUCCACUGAUUUGGCUUCACACACCAAGAUAGCCAUUAAAUAAAUAGCUGAGGGAAUGUACACAAAAUGCCUUAUGCUUAAAGCCCUAAGCAAGUGGUGUAGUUUCAAUUAUAUUAAUUAGUCUGAGGAUUAAUAAUAGUUAAAAUAGCUAAAAAUAAUAGGAUAACUUUUUUCUGAAAUUUAGGGCAAAUUUUCCUUAAAUAUCCUAGCUUUAUAGUUUAUAGCAAAAAAUAUUUAAAUUCUAGUACAGAAAAGGUGAGUGAGCAAAACUAAUUUUUUAAGGUACAUAUUUGACUUACAGAAACUUCAAGUUUACAUCAUAAAGAGCAUAAUUAAAGCUGUAUUUUCUAGCUGUGCUUGCUCUCUUGUAGUAUUAAUGGAACAUGAGAUGUACUGUGGAGGAUCUGGAAGGGGUGAAAAAGAUCACACAGCUUUCAACAGGCUAAGGAAAAUUGCACUGUAGCUUAUUCUACUGUCAUAAAUGUAUUUUUUGUGUUUAUACAUUACAUUGAGUAAGUUCAAAAUGUCAUGUUCCAUGUACCACUAUCCAGGAAAUGUCCAUCAGAAUGUUUAUACAGCACCUUCAGCAAGUUCUUCACUGAAGUUUACAUAAGAAAAAGUUCUACUGUUCUAUUUUCAUGUUUUAUAAGGGGUUAGGCUCGAGAGGGCAGUUAGCACAAAAUGUCAUGCAAUAUGAACACCUUUAGAGAAUAAGGAAUCAUAGACAUACAAAUGCUUAAAAAUACAAGUAUUUGUAUUAUAGUAUAAUUUUGUUUACUGAUAAGCUAAGAUUCCUUGGAAUUGGGCGUAACAAAGCAGCAGGUAAAACUGGAGCACUUUCUUUGCCCUAAUCUAUUCUUAGAGUUGAACAUGAAAAAUGUUUCAAGUGUGAGCACCAGCUGGUACCAAAUUCUUUAUAAAUAAAGUGAACCUAGCUUUAAGAAGUAGCCAAAUGUCUUUCCAUAAGGACAAUAUGCUUGAAACCCUUUAUGACGUGGUGCAAAAACAUCCUGCUAGUGAACUCCCUGAGUCCUAGAGAGGGGUACUGCUUUAUAGAACCAGAUAUCAAUGCACAUUUAUUACAAACAGCUCCAGGCUAAAUUUGCCUUUUUAAAUUAUUGUAUCAAAUAAACCUUAAAACCAACAGGCAGGUAGAGAGCAAUUUGACACAAAAUUCUGUUUUCCAAGAGUUUGAAGAGAUGUGAAUUAGUCUGAGACUGCCUUAAACAUAGGAGCAGGAUUUUUUCUGAUGUGGUCCUUAGACAGAACUGACAUGUGCAUUGCAUCUUGGGUGAGUUUAGAAUCUGUUAUUUUGGAAAAAAGUUUCUUGUUUAUAAAAAAACAUUGAUUUUGCUUUCUCCUGUGUGAUCACCUGUGAAUCUGUUGGGUUUCAUCAGAAGGUGGAGGAGUGACUUGAAGGUAAAUUGGCAAACCAAAGGGAGUUGGGUUUUGUUUAUUUAUUUGGAAUUUUUUAAGGUUAUGUACAGCAUUUCUCCUGGAAAGAAAAACCAAACGGAAAGAUGCAUUUCUUUUAAAAUGGCAUCUCCAAAUGUGAUAUGUGGCUUUUGUGUUGUUUAUUUUUUUUCUUACCAGAACAGUGUUAAAUUGUCUGGAUAUUAGAAGCUAAUGUUUUUUCCUUUGUUUAUUUUUUUUCUUUUAAUUACUGCUCUUUACUGCUCUCAGUAUUCUUUACUCUUUUUUUUUUUUUUUUUUUUUUUUGCUUAUUCCUGAAAGUGUUCAGAACUUCUAUAAGCAGUUGCUACUUAUGUGAAGAUUGUAAUUUUGAACUUGUAAAUAAUUAAGGGUUGUUAGCUGCAAAAAUAUAUGAAAACAAAUCCUUGCAUGCUGUAAGUAAAUACAUCUGUUGUGCUAAAAGUUGUUUCUGUUUCAGUAUUUGCUUUCUCAAUGAAAAAUUCCACUUUUCACACACAAUACAGAAGAUAGUUAAUAAUUCCAUGAUUUGAAGGGGCAUUGCUGUCAAACUCCUGCCAACUUUACUGGGAGUUUUGCACUUGGUUCCUUCCAGAAUGAGGCCUGAAAGGCAAGUCUGUGCUGACCUGUGAGCAGGCUCAGUGUGUGUGAAGUGACUCAGCUUCUAGAUGUGACAGCCUUGCUUUCGGGUGAUUCUCCUUGUUACAAUCACACUUGGCCCCAGUUUUACAAGAUUGCUUACGGGCUUAACUUGGAAGCCUGUUCUCUGUAGGUGGAACUGGCUGCACAUUUCUGACACUCCCCCUCUGUACCAUAAUUCUGUGAAUGAAGAGACCCCAGAAUAAAGUUAGUAAUUAGAUCAAAUGAGAGGAGAAUUGAUUUAUUGGGGUAUUGUGACUCAACUUACUGUAAUUGAUUCUCAAGUGGUUCUUUGGUCUAAUGUAGAAUGUUUGUUGGUUAUGUAAUUUAUUUCUGUAUUCUACAAACAACUUUGAGGAAACUUAACUUUUUUGUUUUAUUCUACAGGAAAGCUUAAGAGGUGUUUUUGUUUUGGGGAAAAAAAAGCCUGUUUUAAAAUUUACUGCAAAUGAUAUAUUUGUCAAAUUGGUAGAUUAAUUGGGUCACUAACAUCAUUGUUCUUCUUGCAAUACUGAACAAAGGCAAUGAAAGCUGGAUUUGGAAACAAAAUGUGAUAUUGUGUGGCAGAGAGGAUAUUGUAGCACUUUAGGUGUUCUCUAAUAAGCAAGUAUCUACACAUGCUGGUUUUGAAGCAAAUUUAGCCAUGCAUCUGAAAAAUUUCUUUGCACUCCAUUCUGCACCAGAAAUUAUUUGCAUGUUGGUAAGAGGCCUUGUAAGAGCAGGAAGGAAAGCAGGGUGUGCUUGCAGUGUAUGAUCAGUAGCUGUUCCUGUAGGAUCAAAGGAGAAGAGAGGCUAAGUGGGAUAAUAGUACCUUAAAGAUGCUGACUAGUAAAUGUAAAUAAUUCCCAUCAAGUUGGAGAAUUUUAUAAGUCACUGAACUUUGACUAAAUUAGUCACUAAGUUUUCCCACAAGUUUAUUUUUGUUAGAAAGUGUAAUGAAAGAUAAGAGUGCUAUUACUGAAAUGGAAAUUAGCUCUUAAAACAAUUCUAGAUGUCUAAAGUAUCAGAACUGAAGAUCAGUUCAGGAGCAAGUAAUGGGAACAGUAAGAAUAGAGUCUGAGGGGGAUUUUGUAUUAAACUUAAUGCACUUAAAAAUAAUGCCAAAAUUUGGCCUACACUUGAUUUAUAUGAAAUCUGUAGUACAAUAUAGAUACAUAUAUACAUAUAAUAUUGUGUAUUGGAGUUUAAUUUUUUAUGUAUAGAUUUUUUUUUUUCUGAUUACUGAAUUCCCUGAUAAAAGGAAGUGUUGAUAAAGUACAAACCAGCUUUGUCUGUAUAAGGUGAGGCUGUAUGUUAGAAGUCUUUUGGGAAAUAAUGCAGUUGUAACCCAGUCUCUCAACCUCUUGGAGAACUUGUUUAAAAAAAAACCUAACCAAAACAAUUGAAAUGCAGGCCCCGAGUUAGUUGAGGAUCACAUAAUGGUUGCUGUAUAAUAGUGUACAACUGAUGUUUUAAAAAUUAAUACGUCAGAACUUUUUGUUAUACUCUUGUUAAUGAUUUUGUACUCAUUGUACACUUUCUGAGUUGUCAAUUAAUACUUAAGCUUAUAUUGACUGGUAACUGAAAUGUCUAACUUCAUCUGCAAUGCGUGGGUAAUAAACUGCUGUUGGAUUCA